AUGGUCAUGACCCCCAUGGACGCCUUCCACAUUGAGGUCAGCUCAAAUCAGGUCCUGCGCCUGCUGGAAAGAACUUCAUCGGUUACGUGGCUGGUGGACAUGUUCCUGUCCUUUGCAAGGACGUACGGCAAGCUGAAUGGCACCGAGGAGCGGCAUCUUCUUUGCACGGCCCGCAACUAUAUGCGGACUUGGUUUGUCUUCGAUUUCACGUUGGUUUGCUUGGACAUGUUCAUCUUCGUUAUCGAAGACACGACGUGGGUCCGGUACAUGAGCUUCUUCCGCAUUAUUCGACUCUUUCGCCUGCUACGUGUGCUGCGUCUGGCCAAGGUCAAGGCGCGAAUCGCGGUGCUGGCGCAGCUAUUCCACAUCAUGCAAACUCAGCACAUCACCGACCGAGGACUUCUGAUCUUGAACAUUGCCAAGAGCCUUUUGGCUGUGACGGUCAUCAACCAUUUUACAGCAUGCUGUUGGUAUGCCGUCGGCACGUUCUUGAAUGAUGAGAACAACUGGGUUACAGCCCACUUUCAACAGUCCGAGACCCGCCCCGACUCGCUUCUCUACCUCUACACCACGGCAUACCACUGGUCGAUCACGCAGCUGACGCCAGCAUCCAUGGAGAUUUAUCCACAGUCGGCACGGGAGAGAAUCUUUAACAUAGCAGUGAUCCUCUUUGGGCUGUGUGUUUUCUCUUCCUUUAUCAGCUCGAUGGCUCAGCAGCUCGCAGCACUACAGCAGCUGAGUAAGGCCGACCGUCAUAAGAUGCAAGUGCUUCGUCGGUUCAUCUCUGAGAACAAAAUGAGCGUGGCCUUGGCCACCACCAUCGUCGACUUCGUUCGGCAGAGGAAGAGCCCACUCUCGCAGCGCCCACUGAAGGUCAGCGACAUCGAAAUCUUCGCAACCUUCCCGACUGUGCUGCUACAGAAGAUCCGAACUGAAGCCUACUACUUUGUGCUGGGAAAACACAGCCUCUUUCAGAGCAUGUACCAGAACGACCGGGAUACCUUCUCGCGUGUAUGCAACGGCUGCGUUUCAGAGCGUUCCGUUGACAAGGGCCACGACGUAUUCAAGGUCGGGGAUGCAGGUGCUGGCAUGUUCGUGGUCAACCAUGGCAAACUGGCUUAUGCCCUCGGAAUCGACGACAUGUUUGACCCGACAGAUUCACAGGAGUGGUUGCAUCUGAAGGAGAAUAACCUGGCAAGCGUCAUAUCAAGUGGAGGAGUCGUGGCCGAGGUGGCUAUGUGGCUAGAUUGGAAGCACCGGGGCCGGCUCUACGGUGAGGCAGUGCUCACAGAUAUGCUGAUCGUAGACACAGAGCAGUUCCAGGAGGUCAUGCGCAAGAGCGCGAUGCUCAAGGACAUACGACUAUAUGCACGACUCUACGCCCUUCGCGCACUCCGCAUAGGCCAACAAGGAGUUCUGGAUGACCUCUGGUACGAGGAGGAAACUAUCCGGGAGAUUUCCUUCUUGGCUUUGCAGGGGGGCCUUGAGGCCACCGUGAACUCGCUGGCCGGUGGCCGAAUCACCACCGCCACUGUCUUCAAAGCGUGGAAAAGCCACACCAAGAGCAACCAGCCUGCGGAAGUAGACUCCGACAGCGCCGCACGUUCCUGGGCCUUGGGGAAGGGCUUUGGACUAGAGACGAACUAUGACGAACUUAUUGUGACAUAUUGCGCGACUCUGCGCUUGGCUACGAUUUUUCUUCCGGUGAAUGGCUCUCCGUUGCGAGCACUUGUGUAUCAGAACUUGGCACCGGGGAUGCCCUUGAGCUUAAGGAUGCUUUGGAUUGGCCCAACCGAUCCAGGGAUCCACAAGUUGGCACAAAAUGCAGGAAGCAUAGCACAGCCCUGUGAGACUGAUCAAGAGAAGCAUGAAGCUACAAUCGUAAAACAACCGUGCUACAACCGCUACAACAGCUGCAACCUGGAAGCCGGAAAUUUGGGGCCCUCACCUCCGCGAAAGAAGGAUGGUUUGUGGCUCUUCCGCUACUUCAUCGAGCGGAGCCUCGGAUCAUAUCGGAGGAUGGACUGCCGGAUUGGAACUGGCGAGGAUGUGCUGUGGGAUGACAUAGCGGGGUAUCUGGCGCAACCGAAGGUGCCCUCACCACAGCGUCUUGCCGUGAUGAGUUCGACACUGCAGGAUGUGCUGCUGCCCUUUGGUGUGGCCGACCCGACGGUGGCACUCGGCUGUGCCCUCGGCACGAGUGCGGCCCUGCAGGAGUUGGCGACAGCGUGUGUGGACCUCCUCGGUGGCCGCUGCGUGCAGCGAGGGCUCAGGCUGCUCCACCUGUCCAAGCUCUUUAUGCUUUUUCAGUUCAACGACUUCGGCGCAUGGUUUAGCCAUUCGCGCUGGCAAACGGAUAUGCAGAAGAUUGCGACGGCCUCCCAGGGCCUGGCGCAGCUCUCCAGACAAGACUCUGUGGGCGGGGCAGUCAUGGUUGCCGAGCCUGCAAACCUUCGAAAUCCAGGCUGGAACAUCGGCUUGGUCACAUAUUGCAACUACAACAACAGUGCUACAAACUUGACUGCGCAGUCAAGAAGCAGCAAAGGUGCCUAUGCAGCUUACCAUGGCUAUCAGUUAAUGCAUGUGGAGGAGCCCUACGUCACGCAGGCCCACCCCUGGAUGAACAAGCUCAUCGCCAUUCAGCAGAACCUUGAGUCCUUCGACUGGCUCUUCUGGGUGGACUGCGACCUCUUCUUCAUGAAUCCGAAGAAGACGGUCGACUCGCUGAUUCAGGCAGCUUUGGAGAGGACGCCCCAGGCCUCUCUUCUCAUCGCGGAAGAUGGAAUGAUGUUGAACAGCGGCUCGUUCCUGCUCCGCCAUAAUGACUGGGGCAAGGAUUUUCUCGCAAGGACAGUCGACUUGCUCUCCGCGCCCAUGCCUCAAUCCUUCCAGCACAUGCCCUGGCAUGAGCAGGCGCCUCUGAUGUACCUUGGCCUGGUGCCAGCCAUUCUCACGGGCCUCUUGGAGCCUGAGCUUCAGGAGACACUCUCGGCAACAUCCCCGCUUUCCGCAGGCUAUGAUGAGCACGUUGUACUCCUGCGGCAGCGCUCCCUCAACUCCUACCCGCAAGAGCUUGUGCAGAAGACGCUGCACGCACUGCCUCACGAGGGGUACGAGGAAGGAGAUCUGGUAGUUUCUUUCAAUGGCUGCUCUUCGGUCCUGGGCCGGGACUUCUGUGAGGACAUGUACCAGCGCUACCAUGACGAGCACGGCCGCCUGUUUGGGCCUGGUCGAAUGCAAUGGAGUAGCGAGUGCUCCGUUGAUGUCAGUUCCAGCCGUCAUUUCUCAUGCUGUUAUGCUACAGCAGCACUAUAG